CCUAUAUUUUCCACGAUCGCUUGUGCAAAAGGCGUAAGCCAGUGUCCAAGCUUUCCCCCUACAUAGAUCAGCCGCAGAUCGGAUCAACAUAAACUCUAGUUACUCUACAAGCCGCCACCGUGAAUUCUAUGGCUGAUCCUCAGAAGCUACACAUUGCCAUGUUCCCAUGGCUAGCCUUUGGUCACAUGAUCCCAUUUUUAGAGCUAGGCAAGCUCAUAGCUCGGAAGGGCCACCGGAUUUCAUUCAUAUCAACCCCAAGAAACAUUGAACGCCUCCCCAAGAUCCCAACAGAUUUAGCACCUUCCAUAACUUUCGUGAAGUUGCCCUUACCUCACGUAGAGAACCUGCCAGAAAACGCAGAAGCCACCAUGGACGUACCAUUCCACAUAAUCCCAUACCUUAAGAUAGCCCACGAUGGUCUCCAAGAACCUUUGUCUCAAUUUUUAGAAACUUCGGCUCCUGAUUGGAUUAUUCACGACUUUGCCCCUUACUGGUUACCACCAAUCGCUACCAAGCUAGGCAUCUCCUUUGCCUUCUUCAGCAUUUUCAACGCAUCAACGUGGUGUUUCCUUAGACCAUCAGGGUUUAGGAUAUCAGACGCGGAAGAUCCAAGUACAAGGACGGAGCCUGAACAUUUCACUGCCCCUCCCGAAUGGGUCCCUUUUCCAACCAAAAUAGCAUUUCGAUUAUUUGAGGCCAAGAAAAUCCUUGACAACGUUGAAGACACUGCUUCCGGUGUUUCAGACUGGUUUCGUGUCGAGACGGUGAUCUCAAGCACCGAGGCCAUGGUUCUUAAAACCAGCAUGGAGGUCGAAGGUGAGUGGUUGAAGCUCCUUGGAGAGCUUUAUAAUAAGCCUAUAAUUCCAGUGGGCUUAUUGCCACCCUUGGCGCAAGAAAGCGGAGACAACAACAAAGAUAGUACAUGGGAUACGAUUGCUGAGUGGUUAGACAAGCAAGAGAAAGGAUCGGUGGUUUAUAUAGCAUUCGGAAGUGAAACUCAACCAAGUCAACAGGAUUUCACAGAGCUGGCUCUUGGACUUGAGCAAUCGGGGUUGCCCUUCUUUUGGGCUAUAAGAAACCGGAUUGAGCUACCGGAAGGAUUCGAGGAGCAAACCGAAGGUCGUGGGAUUGUUUGGACGGGUUGGGUGCCUCAGUUAAGGUUAUUGGCUCACCAGUCGGUUGGGGGUUUCUUGACUCACUGUGGUUGGAGUUCAGUGACAGAGGGGUUUCAAUUUGGGCGUGCGCUUAUUCUGUUGCCCUUCGCGUUGGAUCAAGGAUUGAUUGCAAGGUUUUUGGAAGAGAGGGAGGCAGGAGUUGAGGUACCUAGAAAUGAGGAAGACGGGUCGUUUACCAGUGAAUCGGUGGCCCAAACGCUGAGGUUGGUGAUGAAGGAUGAGGAGGGAAAGAUUUAUCGGGACAAAGCCAAGGAAAUGACCGCUAUAUUCGGGGACAAGGAUCUGCAGUCCAAAUACAUAGACAGAUUUGUUGAGUUUCUUGGGAGCCACAGGCAUGUCACCACGGGUUGAUCAGUUAAUCUUUUUUACGAGUACUGUAAUGAUUGUAUGAUGUGUAGCAUUUCCCUUUCCCUUUACUUUUAGUACGUAGCUACCUUCCUUCCGGGCUUUGAUGAUACCAUGGAUGCACUAACGUCGUUGAUGAUGCUUAUCUUGGCUUGACGUGACUUUUUGAGCCCGGCGGCUAAGCAAAGUCCGGUCAAAAAAGGCAAAAACAUAUGGACCUGUAUUUAGGGGUAAGAUUAGUUCCGUCAACACCACUCGGGUAAAUUCAAUUUGGGAAUAUGAGAUUAUAUUUAAAUAUUAAGGGUUUAUUUAGAUUU